AUGGCCGAACAGUUCAAAUUUGAGUCUUCGCUCCUAACAGCUGUCUCAUCCGCCAACACAAGCCCCCCUGAGAGUCCUAUUCUCGAUAAUGCCUACUUUGGUGCCCAUCUUCGUGUAGAGAGAGAUGCUAUGAUCAAUUGGAGCCCGACCAUGGAAAUGUGGGCAUGGUCCGACUACGGCAAGCAGACCAGAGCGUACACGGAGCAGGCCCUGAACGCGAAUCUCUCUCUGAUCUACGUGGCAUCCGGCGAAACGGCUCAUGUCGAGACCUUCAAAAAGGAGGCUGCGACCAAGGGGAUCACCGUCGUCAAGAAGCAGGAUGUUCUGGGCAAGGACAUAGAAAAGCUUGACAAGCUGGCUUGGGACCAGCAGGCCCUGGUGGAUUACCUGGUGAUGCUCAGGGCCUCGCAGUUUGGCGGGGUGGCUCAUUCGAGCUUUGCGUGGAACGUCGCCUUGAAGAGGCAUCUUUUUGUUAAAGACCUGAAGAAGAGCUAUCUCGAUGGGCCGCAGAUGUUGAGUGAUGAGUUUAGCCAGGUGUAUGGCGAACUAAGGAGGUACCCCGAGUAUGCAUUGUGUUUGUGGCCCUAG